ACGGCGUCUGCGGCCCCUUGUGCUCCGUGCCCGGGGCAGGCGGCGCGGGGCGCUCCGGUCCGGGCGGCUCCCGCUCCGGGUUUCUCUUGCUGUCGCCGCGCUGCUGGGGGCAUUGUUGUGUGUGUUUGAAUGAGGACGCAGGUUGUGGCGGCAGCAGAGCUGGUGCCGGCGCCUCCUCUGCUGGUUGCUCCUGCUGCGGGGCUGGGGAAGACCCGUUCUGCACCCGCUGCGGGGGGACAUGCCCUAGCGGGAGGGAGCCGCUCAGAGGGACGGGCUUGCCCUGAGGACCGGCUCUAGGGAAAGGGGUGCAGGGCUAACGACAGGCACCAAGUUCUCGUGAACUUUCCCGUGGCAGGCGGUGGCUGCAUCCCGCUACGAAUGUGCCUUCCUUCGGCUGGGAGCUGGAAAGCCGGAACGGUGGUGUGAGGAUCCCUCUGGAAAUUGGGUAAUUGUCUUUGAUGCUGAGCAGAAAGUCUUGUUACAAUGAGUUAUUGGAGCCUGGAUAAGAAAAAUUGUCUGCAGUACUGCAGACAUUUUUUAGUGGACAAUGGCGUAUUUCAUGUUGAAAGAUGUAUGAGUGUAAUGCAGUCUGGGACUCAGAUGAUUAAGCUGAAGAGUGGAACAAAAGGGCUAGUACGUCUCUUUUACCUGGAUGAACACAGGACUUGCAUCAGAUGGAGACCGUCCAGAAAAAGUGAAAAGGCUAAAAUUGUAAUUGAUUCAAUUUACAAAGUGACAGAAGGCCGACAGUCUGAAAUAUUCCAUCGCCAUACCGAGGGGAACUUUGACCCAAGUUGCUGCUUUACCAUUUACCAUGGUAACCACAUGGAGUCACUAGACCUGAUCACCUCUAAUCCAGAGGAGGCUCGCACCUGGAUCACAGGACUUAAGUAUUUGAUGGCUGGAAUAAGUGAUGAGGAUUCUCUUGCUAAACGACAAAGAACUCAUGAUCACUGGGUGAAACAGACCUUUGAGGAAGCUGAUAAGAACGGAGAUGGCUUGUUGAAUAUUGAAGAGAUCCACCAGUUGAUGCAUAAACUGAAUGUCAAUCUGCCCCGCAGAAAAGUGCGACAGAUGUUCCAGGAAGCUGACACAGAUGAGAAUCAGGGAACCCUAACAUUCGAAGAAUUCUCUGUGUUUUACAAGAUGAUGUCAUUACGACGCGAUCUCUACUUGUUGCUUUUGAGCUACAGCGAUAAGAAAGAUCAUCUCACUGUUGAAGAAUUUGCUCAGUUUCUGAAGAUGGAACAAAAGAUGAAUAAUGUGACCACAGAAUAUUGCCUUGACAUCAUAAGGAAGUUUGAAGUUUCAGAAGAAAACAAGGAGCAAAAUGUUCUGGGGAUAGAAGGUUUCACCAGCUUCAUGCGCAGUUCUGCUUGUGAUAUAUUUAACCCAUUGCAUUCUGAAGUCCACCAGGAUAUGGAUCAACCCCUUUGUAACUACUAUAUUGCUUCAUCUCACAAUACAUACCUGACAGGAGACCAACUUCUAUCUCAGUCCAAAGUGGAGAUGUAUGCCCGGGUGUUGCAGGAUGGUUGUCGAUGUGUUGAAGUUGACUGCUGGGAUGGUCCAGAUGGAGAGCCAGUAGUGCACCAUGGUUAUACCUUUACUUCCAAAAUACUCUUCAGAGAUGUAGUAGAAGCUAUCAAUAAAAAUGCCUUUGUCAAAAACGAGUUUCCGGUGAUAUUGUCUAUUGAGAAUCACUGUAGUAUCCAGCAGCAAAAGAAGAUUGCUCAGUACCUCAUGGAAAUAUUCAGUGACAAACUGGACUUGUCAUCUAUAAUCACUGGAGAUUCCAAGCAGCUUCCUAGCCCUCAAAGUUUGAAAGGCAAAAUCCUAGUGAAGGGAAAGAAACUACCAUAUAACCUUGGAGCUGAUGCUGAAGAAGGGGAGGUUUCUGAUGAAGACAGUGCUGAUGAAAUUGAAGAUGACUGCAAGUUAAAGCUCUGUUAUAGUAAUGGUACAACUGAGCACCAGAUGGAAUCUUUUAUAAGAAAGAAACUUGAAUCAUUGAUAAAAGAAUCUCAAAUCCGGGACAAAGAAGACCCUGACAGUUUCACCGUGAAAGCGCUGUUAAAGGCGACACAUGAGGGCUUAAAUGUAAACCUGAAACAGAACCGAGACACAAAAGAAAGUGGGAAGAAAUCCCAUAGCCGCUCAUUAAUGGGCAAUUUUGGGAAAUACAAGAAAGCUGUCAAAUCAAGGUCCAAAUCUCAUAGCACAUCUGAGGAUGAAGAAAGUCAACAAAAUUCUUCUGGAAAGGAAACUGGGCAGUUGUACAGGUUGGGCCGCCGGAGAAAAACCAUGAAGCUGUGCCGUGCUCUUUCUGAUUUAGUGGUGUACACAAACUCUGUGGCAGCCCAAGAUAUAGUAGAUGAUGGGACUAUGGGAAAUGUGUUGUCAUUCAGUGAAACGAGGGCCCACCAGGUAGUGCAGCAGAAGUCUGAGCAGUUUAUACUUUACAACCAGAAACAGCUCACCAGAAUCUAUCCAUCUGCAUAUCGGAUUGACUCCAGCAAUUUCAACCCCUUACCGUACUGGAAUGCUGGUUGCCAGCUGGUGGCAUUAAACUACCAGUCUGAUGGGCGCAUGAUGCAGGUUAAUCAAGCAAAGUUCAGGAUGAAUGGCAACUGUGGGUAUGUCCUCAAACCUCAGCAGAUGUGCAAAGGUACAUUCAACCCUUAUUCCGGUGAUCCACUUCCUGCCAACCCUAAAAAGCAGCUUAUUCUCAAAGUCAUCAGUGGACAGCAACUACCUAAGCCUCCAGAUUCAGUAUUAGGAGACAGAGGGGAGAUAAUAGAUCCUUUUGUCGAAGUGGAAAUUAUUGGGUUACCUGUAGAUUGCUGUAAAGACCAGACCAGAGUGGUUGAUGACAAUGGAUUUAACCCUGUUUGGGAGGAAACUCUCACUUUUACCAUCCACAUGCCUGAAAUAGCUUUGGUUCGAUUUCUUGUUUGGGACCAUGAUCCUAUUGGUCGAGAUUUUGUUGGACAACGAACUGUGGCCUUCAGCAGUCUUGUGCCUGGCUAUCGUCAUGUCUACUUAGAGGGACUAACUGAAGCAUCCAUAUUUGUCCAUAUAACAAUCAAUGAAAUGUAUGGAAAGUGGAGUCCUUUAAUCCUCAAUCCCAGUUAUACUAUAUUGCACUUUCUAGGAGCCACUAAGAAUAGGCAGCUGAUAGGACUCAAAGGGUUGUUUAACAAGAAUCCCAAACACAAUUCUGCUGAAAACAAUGGGCAUUACGUGCGGAAACGAUCAAUUGGUGAUCGAAUUCUCCGACGCACAGCCAGUGCUCCGGCAAAAGGCAGGAAGAAGAGCAAAAUGGGCUUUCAGGAAGCUACAGAAAUUAAAGACGGUACCUCUGAGCCAACAGACAUGAAAGACAAGGAAGGAGUUAUAAGGCGUACAACCAGGAGUUUGCAAGCACGUCCUGCUUCUAUGCCAGUUGACAAAUUCCUUCUGAUGGGAUUGUCUUCACCAGAAUGUGAAACGAUUAAAGACACCAAAAGAGAAGAAAAUACCUCUGCAGAUAGCAACAAUGGUACAAGUGUGAACCAAACAAACUUGAAAGAACAUAUCUUUUCAUCCCCUGAGCAAGCUGCACCUUCUUCAAAUUCUACAUCUCUGCAUAAAAAUGCUACUUCCCAGAGUGACACCAGAAUUGGCAGUUCUACAGAAUCACCUGUACGUGAACAUGCAGAAAGCUUUGACUUUGUAAGUGGGAUAGCUGAAACAAAUCACUCCACAGAAUAUCAGAAAAGUCACCUUUCCAAUGAACCUGUUCAUAUAAGGCAGGAUUCAGUUUUUGAUCUUGAUACAGAAAAAAUACAAGAUACAAAUUACACAGAUGAAAAAAGAGAAGAGGAGACUGGAGGAUGUAAAGAGGAGAAGAAAAUACCGGCAGGAAGUUGUGUUUCUGGAAAGAAACAGGAGUUUGACAAUAAUAAAUAUGAUGUCAUUAUGAGCAGUACUGUAACCACUUUUUCACUGACUGAUAUAUCUUCCACCAUCUGUUCUGACAUCUACGAUUUGCACUCGACUGCAGCUCUGCAAGAUAGUGAUGUUUCUCGUCUCAUAGAUGAGGUUUCUUUGACAAAUGAGAGCGAGAUGAGUAGUUCUGUCUCAGCACUGAUUGGACAGUUUGAUGUUACAGAUGACCGAACUAAUCUGACUGUUGUUUCAAGUCUUCAUGGCACCAACAACCAAACCUUCAGUGUGGUGUCGGCACAUCCACACAUGUUUACUGUUGAUCUAAGUACACCCCUUAAACAAAACUUUACCAAUGUAAAAUCUGUUGAAUCACCAUUAUUCUCAACACCAGAUACUGCUAUGUUCUCCAGCCCUGAGACGACAGAGUAUUCUGUGUACACAAUUAUCCACGAGGCAUCUCUUUCACCAGCCUCUGAUUGUAAACCAAUAGAUGAACGAGCUUGCAAGAAGUCAGACUGUGUGGAAAAUAGCUUUCCAGUAUCCCCUUGCACUUCCCCUCUCCAUUUGCUAACAGCAAAUCCCAAAAGGAAGUGUGGAACAAAUUGGGAAACCCUUGAGGAUUGCAGUUCCUACACUUUGGAGGAUACAAUAGUUGACCCUCCUGCUUGUAUAACCUCAGCAGGCAGCAGUCUUAUGGAAGUCGAUGGGGAUUCCCAAGACCUCCUGAUAACUGCAUAUGAAUUCAAGAGAGAAGAUAUGAGCCAACUUGCUGCUGCUUUGAAACUGAAGCAUAAUCAGGACUCAGUACACUACUGUGAGAGAAUCUCUGGGAAUAAUUUAAUCAAUGAGGACCCUCACAGUGCUGCUCUGGAUAAUUCAAAUAAUUUUAGGACUGCAAGAAAUCAAAGUUUUCCUUACCCAGCAUUUCAGAGUGUUGGCUUUUUGCAUAAUAAUUAUCUGCAAACUUUAGAUACACACAAUGAUUUGUUGUAUGUCUCCCAAAGAUCCAGACUAAAUAUGCAUUCACCUACACCCAAGAACACUUUGCCCUACCCUCCUACUGCAGCCAUCAAACAGCCUAGUCCUUGCAAAUCCAAGAGCCUGGGAGACUUGACAUCAGAGGAUAUCUCCUGCAAUUUUGAAAGCAAGUACAAAUACAUAAGUAGAAGCUUUAUUACAUCUGGCAUGAGAGACAAGAAAGUUGCAGCUAUGAAAACUAAGAGACCACAAUCUACAGACACUCUGACAGAACAAUUGCGAAAGCUGGUGUCCUUUGACCAGGAAGACAACUGUCAAACUUUGUAUUCUAAGCAGAAUGACGAUGAUUGCCCCAAGGCAUUGGUCAGAAAACUGUCAUCCAGAAGUCAAAGCAGAGUACGCAAUAUUGCUAGUCGUGCCAAGGAAAGACAAGAAGCCAACAAGCAAAAACUUUCUAAUGCUAGCAGCAUAGCAGGGGUAGUUCUAAGAAACAAACCAUCAGUAUCAGCUCAUGUUAUCAACAGGCAUUCCACUGGCUCUUACAUAGCAAGAUACCUGAAUGACUUCAGUGGGGAGGAUCUGGAAGGUCGGGGUGUACCAGAGGGCGCAUGUACUUCUUUACGUUAUGGAUGCAAUGACCAGUUUUGUACAGAUGAUUCCGUUUUGCAGAUGGAGCCAAGCAGUGAUGAUAAACCAGAAAUUUAUUUCCUUCUGAGACUGUAAAUUGUAUACAUGUACAUGUCAGUGUUAACAAACUAUUUCAUUGAAUGAAGGAUUUUUAGCAAGAAGUAUAGUCCUUGACUUUUAAAUUAUUUAGAAAUGCAAUUUUAAGCUAAUGAUUCAGUCUUGAUUUAAUGUGCGGUUUCCUGUCAAAGAUUAUGUAAAUAGAUUCUGUGAUCCUUUCUUAUGUAUGUAUGUAUUUUUAUUCAGAAAUGACAAAGUGAAUUAUUUGCAUGCAAUAGAUCUGAACCUUCACAGUGUCCUGUAUUUGUAAUGCACGUAAAUUUUAAGAAUAGAGUUCUGCACGUCUGUGCACAUCAGCAGAGCUCAGCAAUUAAUGCAAUAAAUAUAUUGCUUUUUUCCCUAGACCUUUUAGCUGUUUGCAGAGAGAAUUUGAGGAGGCCACCUUUUUGGACCCCAUCUUGGAAAUGCUACUUAGGAUAAUGCUUUCUGCCAUCAGUAGUCAAUGGAACUAUUGAUGGUGGGCAUCAGUAUGACCAAUAAGUGUUUUCAGGAGUAGACGCUUCAUUCAUAAAGCUGUUUUCUAUCUUAAUUGUAUUUACAUGUUUGUUAAUGUUGAUUUUAAGCCUUUUCAUACAUGAACUACAGAUUUGUAGCAUUAGGAUUCAUUCAAAUUUGCAAGUAACUUGUAGAUCGUCUUCCGCUCUUUAAAUGAAAUAGUAUGGUAACUUUUUCUUCCUCUUGUUGAGUGCUUAUUUCUGGAUGGGAGUGUGGUGAAAAGGAAUUUUCUUAUACAUAGACUUCUUCCAGCAUUCCUGUUCACCCUAUUCCCACCCUGAAAUGAGCAUUCAACAAGUGGAAGAAAAUCUUGCUUUCCAAAUAUUUUGUUAUGUAUUUUUGAUAUUGGCUGUAUAUGUAACUUGAAUACAGUAGCAGAGAUGUUUUCUAUGUUUGUAAUUAUAUGCUACAUUGUUGAUUGUCCGUAUAGUAGUUACUGCAUACAUAACAGGAUAAGUAGUUUGGCUUCCAUCAUCACAUGGUUUUGAGAAAAGGGCUUUUUCUGCAUUAUGUUGAAAACCAAGUGAGUUAAUUACAAAAAUACACAAAACUUCCCUGAAGGGAGCAAGAUAGCUUUAUUUUGGGUUUAAGAUAUACUUUGCUGUCACUGUGAGCACAUUUUGCAAAAGACCUUUUCUUUUCUUUUGUAAUACAGGAUAUUAUUAUUCAUGGAGACAUCAUUACAAUAGAUUUUUAUGCAGCUGGUGCAUAUUUAGUGAUGUUACAGCAAAUGCAAUUACUAUUGAACUUGUGGCAGUCAGUGAUUGCAGACAUUUGUCUUGUCAUGCAUUUGCAAUAAACCUUUAUAAAGGAAAAACCUUCUUAUUUCAGAUGGUGGCCAUAAUUCUAACUAGUAAUUUACAACUCAAAACAUUCUGUUUUCUAAAGGGGAGAAAAGCAUCCAAUGUUGCUAAACGAUUCUGAUAGGAAGUCAUAUUUACUGAGUAUUUCUAUAAUUACCAGUUAGAAAUGACAGUGCCAUAUUUACCAUUUUUCUAUUCUCUCCCUAUAGAAGGUUCUCCUAAUCCAAUAUUUUUCAAUGGAAUGUCCCUACUUUUUGCGUCAAAAUGCCUGUUUGCAGAUUUUGAAUGUUAGCUGAUACAGUGUGUAUUUUUAAUAGAUCUAUUUUUUUUGGCUCUCCUGAUUGAUUUUUUUUUUAACCAGUCACGUGACAAAAAUAUUUUGUGCUGUAUUCCUCAGCUAGAGCAAGUCAUAUCAUAAUAAUUAUUAAUGGAGAUAUCUCAUCUCCUAGAACUGGAAGGGACCUUGAAAGGUCAUUGAGUCCAGCUCCCUGCCUUCACUAGCAGCACCAAGUACUGAUUUUGCCCCAGAUCCCUAAAUAGCCCCCUAAAGGAUUGAACUCACAACCCUGGGUUUAGCAGGCCAAUGCUCAAACCACUGAGCUAUCCUUCACCCUCCCAAAACAUACACACAGGGAUAGUAACUAUACGGAUGGAAUCACGUCCAAUAUAGUCUCCAGCUCUAUUAGCUGCUGCUAAAUCCCUGUGUUCAGUGACAAUAUUGGGAGCCCUCCAGUCCCCCUGUCCAGUGCUCUUAGGGUACAUUUAUACUGCAGGUGGAGCAUGCCUCCCUGCCCGGGUAGAUAGGGUUGUGCUAGCGGGGCUUGAGCGUGUACACUAAAAAUAGCAGCGUGGAGGUUGCGGCUCUGGCGAAGACUCGGGGUACCCAUCUGAGCUCAGACCUAGGGCUGGGUGGGCUUGAGAGCCUGAGCUGCUGCCCAGACCACAACUUCCACCCUGCUAUAUUUAGCAUGCUAGCUCGAGCCCUGCUAGCAUGAGUCUGUCUGCCUGGGGUAGGAUCUAGCUCCCUGAUGCAGUGUACAUACACUGCUAGUACCCCAGCCCGAAGGUUCCAGGCAGCUGCAAUUGCAAGGUGAGUGGGCUAGUGCUGGUUCAGAUCAUGACUGUCUCUCUUUCAGCUAUAAGGCUAUCAGGACAGCAGAGCGCUGUGGACCCCCUCUAAGGGCUUGAGCCAAAGCCCAUUAAAAUCAGUGGGUCUUGGAUCAGGCCUGCAACCAGGCUGAAGGUGGCCAAACAAAGGAUGAAAUGAGUGAAGGACAGGAGCCAGAGAAGUAAGGGGCUAGGGAAGCAAAGGCAGGAAGAGAAUGGUAGCUGGGGAAUUUGGGAGGGGGCAAGAGGAACAAUUCAAGGAAUGUAAAACAAAUAUUGACUGGCUUUCAGUGGAGAGUAGCAGCAAUAAAAAUGCUUCAAGGCAAAAACCAACAUAACAAUGGCACAUGUUGCCCUUUGAUUUUAGGCUCUGCACUAUAACCGCAAGAGCUAUUCUUUCUCAUUGACAAUAUUUUAGUGCUAUUCCCAUUGGAGCUAGACAGUGUUUGUGUUGGAGAACCUCUUGAAUGUAUGCAAGGCAUUGUCCAAAAAAAUUCGGACUAGGAUUAUAGAAUACUGAUUUCAAUGAAUGCAGGAUUUUAAUGCAGUUGGAUGCCUUCUACCAAGCACUAAUAUUGCUGUCUGUUCAUUCUGAUGUUUUACAUUUUGUACAGAUCCCUCACUCUAGAUGAAUGCAUAAUGCAUAACGCAACGUCAUGUACAUUUGUCUCACUUCAGUAUUAAUUUCCUAGGGAACAAAUAUGCUAUUUCAAAGCAUUCAUGAAUAUUAUGACUCUGGAACUUGUGCAAAAUAUGUGAAUGAAAAACAGGAAGCCCUUGAAUAGUACUUAAUUAUGCCAACUGCUUCGGAAAAAAUUGUUUAUUUUGUGAGAUUAAGUAGGUCACUUGUUUUGUUUUUCUUUGUCAUUGUUUUUUGCAUUAAAAACACAUGUGGCUAUGAUUA